GUCAGACAAAAGCCGCAAAGGAAGCGGCGGUGGAAGCUGACAUGCAACAUUGGCGUUCGUGUCAUUUUCUUCUUCUUCUCCAUUCCUCUCUCUCUCUCGAGAUUCAAGAUAAAAAAAAAAAUCUCGUAUGCAAUUUCGUCUGUUCUUCAUUAUACUUUACAUUUAUAUAUAUAAUUUGCCUCUUCGUCUCUGAGCCAUGACCGGUAAAGAAAUUCUCCACAAGAUGAAGGAAUCCGUCAAGGAGAAAGUUGGGCUUGGUGCAUCUGCAGAUUCAGGGAAAGGGAAGAGCAAGAUGUCGAAGCAGAUCACACAUGGUUUUCAUUUGGUGAAAGGGAAAGCUUUUCACCAGAUGGAGGAUUACGUUGUUGCCAAAUUCAAGGAAGUUGAUGACAAUGAGCUUGGUUUGUUUGCUAUCUUCGAUGGCCAUCUUAGCCACGAGAUUCCUGAUUACUUGUGUUCUCAUUUGUUUGAGAACAUCUUGAAAGAGCCUAAUUUCUGGCACGAGCCCGAGAUAGCGAUAAAGAAAGCUUAUUAUAUCACGGAUACGACAAUUCUAGACAAGGCAGCUGAUUUGGGGAAAGGUGGUUCUACUGCUGUGACUGCUAUAUUGAUCAAUUGCCAGAAGCUGGUGGUUGCUAAUGUUGGAGACUCGAGAGCUGUUAUUUGCAAAGAUGGUGUUGCAAAGCCCCUCUCAGUUGAUCAUGAACCCAGUAUGGAGAAGGAAGAAAUUGAGAACAGAGGCGGAUUCGUUUCCAACUUUCCUGGGGAUGUUCCUCGAGUUGAUGGUCAACUAGCUGUGGCAAGGGCGUUUGGUGAUAAGAGUUUAAAGAUGCAUUUGAGUUCGGAACCGUAUGUUACGGUGGAGUUAAUUGACGAUGAUGCAGAGUUUCUUAUCCUAGCAAGUGAUGGACUGUGGAAGGUUAUGUCAAACCAAGAAGCUGUUGACUCGAUUAAGGGGAUAAAAGAUGCCAAGUCUGCAGCAAAGCACCUCGCAGAGGAGGCUGUUGCUAGGAAAAGCUCAGAUGAUAUCUCCGUCGUUGUCGUGAAAUUUCAGUGACAUCUUUCGGUAAAGAGACGUGUGCAGUUUCCAUUCACCCAAGUGCUACGGGUCACUGAAACUAGUAAAGAGUCUUUAAGUUUGGACCAGCUAAAGAGUUAUCACAAGUUUGGGGGUUUCCUCUGUAAGAUGCAAUCAUCACCACUUCUAUUUUACUCUACUUCCCUUCUUCUUUUCAAACUGUGUAAUUUUUACUUAGUUUUCUUCUUUCUGGGAAUAAAUAUCAAACAGUGAAAGCUUUCUUUGCUGCUCUUUUGAAUUUCUUUUUUUGUAACUUUUUUUAUUAUUAUACAUUACAGCAGUGUAUGAGAAAGAGGAAUAGUUUGAAUUA